AUGGCCUAUAAAGUUGAUGAAUCUUUUCUCCCAGCAGAAAUCUACAACACCAUCCCCCACAUCGACUUGCGGGAAAUCGACAACCAAGAGAGGGAGCAAUCUUCCGUGCGUGAUGCUCUCCUCAAAGUCAUCCGUGACCAUGGGAUGGAAGACAUCUUUUCUCUCCAUCUUUUGCACCGACACUAUGACCUUCCUUCGAAUCAUGCCAUGGUCUACGAGCAGGAUUCCAACCCCGAAUCACUAGGUGUCCCCUUUCUUGAGAUCUGCAGUCCCCGGUGCCUUGAUAACCUCGAUACCUUGGGUGAACUCCGGGGGAAGUUCUUUUUCUACCGCCGAGACACUGCCACAAUGAGCGCCUACGAAUUUACCACCGAGGUUGGGCCCAACAUCACCUCGCCAGCAUACAGUAACUUCAUACAAGAUUUCACCCACCAGCUCCUCUCACUGAAGAUGGAGAAUGUCUUUGCCUUGUCUAUCUCCCCGCCAUCAGAGAAGGCCAGGAUCCUGUAUGAGAUUGAAAUCCCGAGGUACUGCGCUACCUUCCGCGUCGAAAAGGCAAGCUGGGUGCCGGAUGGGUUUAGUACAGAUUGGGCGGGACUUGAUGGCAAGUCAGAUGGCAUUUAUGAGAAUGCAGGCUCGUUAACGCGAUCCAAGCCUCCUUUGAAGGGUAAACAUGGCAGGAGGAGAGCCGGCCAACAUAGUACUGUUGAACUCGAUGGGCUGUUGACGGAUCCGAGCAGCGUCGGGAUUGUCUGGGAUGACGAGAGGUUGGACCAGACUUCAACGGCCUAUACUGAGCUCGCGCGGAUUCUCGACCAGCCCUUUUUCCCCUGGAAGAAGGUCCUCGUGGGCUUUUCUCUGGGACAAUACCUCCUCGAAGGGUUCCUCUCUCUGAGGCAGUACAAGUUCCUGCAGGCCACAAAGGUUCCAAAAGUCUUGGAAGGUGAAGUUUCACAGGAAGUGUUCGAUAAAAGUCAGGCAUAUGGACGCGCAAAGGCUCAGUUCGGUUUCGUUAGCGGGCUGUACAGCCAGAUUCAGAACCUUGGAUUUAUCUACUUCGAUGCCCUCCCGAAACUAUGGGGAGUAAGCGGUCUUUUGCUGUCUAUAUACGCCCCUGAAGGCUUUAGGGGAGAGAUCACUCAUACCCUGAUAUUCGUCUUCGUCUUCAACAUUAUUACAACGGUCCUCUCGCUCCCCACCUCAUAUUACAGCACCUUCGUCCUGGAAGAGAAGUUCGGCUUCAACAAGCAAACUCUCAAAUUAUGGGUUAUGGAUAUGCUCAAGGGUCAGAUGCUGACCGUCGUCCUUGGAACUCCAAUCAUCAGCGCCAUCUUGAAGAUCGUACAGACUACCGGAACCAGCUUCUUCUACUACCUUUGGAUGUUUGGAAUCUUUGUCCAGCUAUUCGCCAUCACCAUCUACCCCGUUGCUAUCCUUCCUCUAUUCAACAAGCUGUCCCCACUGGAACCCGGUGUCUUGAAGACUGGAGUCGAGAAUCUGGCUAAAAGGUUGAAAUUCCCCCUCUCGGAAUUAAAUGUCAUCGACGGAAGCAAGAGAAGCGCACACAGCAAUGCCUAUUUCUUUGGACUGCCAUGGAAGAAGCACAUUGUCAUCUACGAUACCCUGAUUGAAAAGAGUGAGCCUGAAGAGGUCAUUGCCGUCCUUAGUCACGAAUUGGGCCACUGGAGCUUGAGCCAUACUACAAAGUUAUUUGGAAUUGGACAGUUCCAUAUGUUCUACAUCUUCGCUUUAUUCUCUGCCUUCGUUACCAACAAGUCACUGUAUCAGGAUUUUGGCUUCCACAACGAAAUGCCAAUCAUGAUUGGGUUCCUCCUAUUUUCAGAUGCACUCGCACCAACAGAUGCCAUUAUUAAGCUGUUGAUGAACAUCCUUAGCAGGAAGUUCGAGUUUGAAGCCGAUGCCUUUGCCGUGAGCCUGGGCUAUUCCAAGGAGUUGGCCAGAUCAUUGCUGAAACUCCAGAUCCAAAACCUUUCCACGAUGGAUGCAGACUGGAUGUACGCGAGCUACCACUACUCGCACCCAAUCUUGUCUGAGCGACUUGCAGCUCUCGGCUGGAAGGGAGGCAAGAUUACUGGAGAAAAGGAGCCCAUCGACAGUGAUAAAGCCGUCAAGGCGGCCGACAGAGAGCUAUAA